AUCUUUCCUCUCAUGAGCCAUCUCUCCCACCUCAAAGUCAUCUUCCUUUCUCAGUGCCUUUCCGGUCCCAAUCCAGACUCUUUCGAAUUGCCCACUAGACUUGGUCGCAUAAUAGAGCCGAAAUUGUAGACUAUGCCGACUCUUGUCCAAACCGCUAGUUCAAAACGAUGCUCAGGGUUCCGUACGGGGCAUUGCGGCUCAACCACCAUUGCCUAGGCUGCCUGCCAUGCUCGAGCGAAUCCAGAUGGCGCCCUGCGCACCCCCAAGCCAGCAGGGGCAACUACGACAACCGAGCAGCCGGCAGAGGCGACCGACAAGAAGGCAACCGACAAGAAGGCGACCGGCAAGAAGGCCCUAGGCUUGGUCUGCUUCUCUAAAACCCGUCCCACACAAGGUCCUUGGUUCGUGUUACGUAGAUCCUACAUUAUAUUGGCCAUUGCGCCUACUCAUUCAUUCAUGUACUGUCUUUCGAAAUGUUUUAUUAUAUGGUUGCUAUAUGAACCAGAUUUAGGUUGCUCUAUUGGUAGGUAUAUUUUCGACUUGUGUCUAGCCAG